CUCUCUUUAGUAUCCUCACCUGGGGCAAGACUAUGACAUUUAUCAGUUUGAUAUGCUAAGCCCUCAAAACCGACCAAAUUUAAUCAAGCAUCAAACUGACAAAAAACCGAAUUGAAUAAUAGUACUAAAGGGGCAGCCGGGUCAGUCCCCUAUAAUUUAUGCCCAUCGAGCCCUAAUCAAGCAUGCAAAUCCUCUUCCACUUCUAAGCUAUCUAAUUAAGCUCUCAUCCCCACUGCCAAGCUACCAACAUUUGCUCUCUGCUUCUUUUUUCUCCCAUGGCCAAUACAGCUCCACCACUGCUCUUGCAAGGGUCAUAUAAACCCACCAAUACUACUAAUUACUCCAAGUAUUCAUCCAUCACCGCUACUUGUCCUAAUAAUGAUACCAUUAAUGGAGCUGUUGAUGAUGGAAUCCCUACCAUUGACUACUUCAUGCUCUUCUCCAGCGACCCAAAUCAACGGUCCCUAGCCCUCAAAACCCUUAGCCAUGCUUGCGAAGAUUAUGGCUUCUUCUAUCUUGUAAAUCAUGGUGUGCCGGAUAGCGUCUUGGAGAGUGUAUUCAGAGGAAUGUCAGAAUUUUUUGAUCCAGAGCAAGUAGAGUACCGGAGGCAGUUCGAAAAGAAGCAUCCAACGGAUAGGAUACGGUGGGGCCUACGCUCUUAUCCUGGGGAAAACAGAGAAUAUCUGAAGGUGGUCACACAUCCCCAGUUUCACUGUCCUCCUAAACCCGCAGCUUUCAGUGAGGCUAUGGAAGAGUAUUACAAAAGAUUGCGAGAGGUGGUACAUGGUUUGGCAAAAGCGUUGUCAAAAAGCUUGGGAUUGGAAGAAUGUUACAUAUACAAGGCAUUCAAUCUUAAGUCCGGGUUUGAAGUAUCAGCCAUGAACCUAUACCCACCAAAUUUCCAAUCGAAUGGUUCUAUGGGUAUAUCCGAUCACACUGAUCCUGGCUUAUUUGUUUCUCUUAUACAACAAGUUGACGGUGGGCUCCAAAUACUAUCCCAUCAAGGAAAGUGGAUCAACGUUUAUAUUCCCCGUAAUGCUAUUUUAAUGCAAAUUGGAGAUCAACUUGAGAUUUUGAGCAACGGAAAGUACAAGAGCCAUGUUCAUCGAGUGGUGGUCGAGAGGAAUGAAGUUAGAAGGCUAACUGUGGCCACACUUCAUGGACCGUCAUUGGAUACAUUUUUGAGCCCGGCAAUGGAGUUUGUGGACGACUCUCACCCCCCAUUGUACUAUGGAAUGACCUACAAGCAGUCCUUGGAAGCCAAUGGUAACGAGGUUGAUGUGCAAUCUAAUCUCGAACAACUUCGGCGUUAUUAGUUCAAACCCUUCAUAAGUACCAUCAUAAAUAUUGCUGUUAAUGGGGCACAGGUAAACCCUCAAGUGAUAUGUUAAUAUGAUAGUUAUUAUAAUAUAUAUAUAUAUAUAUAUAUAUAGUCUUAGUACGUGGCUAUCCAAGGUGAUGUGGUCAGAGAUUGUAAUUGUAGUCUUGGAAGGCUGAUAUUCCAAUAUUGUAUGCCAAAAUAAAUUGAGCCAUUUACUAGAGAAGUGACUGCUUUGCUAUAGCAUUAGUAUUUGAGUUUU